AUGAACUGGGGUAAUGCAAUUGUGCGCAAAAUCUCCACUGAUGACGCUACCGGUAAAGUGACACAUCUGGAACUGGAGCUGCAUAUGGCUGGUGACGUGAAGAAAACCGAGAAGAAGGUGACCUGGUUGUCCGCCGAGGGCCAAACUCUGGUUCCCGUCGAGUUGGUUGACUACCUGCUUAAGAAGGACUCGUUGAGUGAGGAUGAUAUCCUUGAGGAUGUUCUCAAUUUCAACACGGAGUUCCGUGUGAGUGGACUGGCCGAUUGCAAUAUCUCCGAGGUCAAUGUUGGCGAUAUCCUGCAGUUCGAUCGCAAGGGCUUCUACCGUGUGGAUCAGAUUCCUGCUCCUGGCGACCCCGGUGUCUUCUUCAACAUCCCCACCGGAAAGCAAAAGUAG